AUGUUCAAAUGGCUCUGUCCUGGGCCCUUCGGAACUGGUCUUGGCCGAAGGCUUCAUUGUCGGUACGUGGUGCCAUGUUUCCUUGCCUGCUCUGCACUCUCUCGUGCUUCUGUCAAUGCCAGUAGGCCGUGCUACAGCGAAACGUCACUUUCCCAUCUGGCUUCUCUUUGCACUUCUUCGCAGAUACGCCCCACUAUCACGCAACGACACACCUACGUCCUCGUCGUCAUCAUGCCACGUGCUCACCAGAAGGUCGAGGCCGACAGCUCGAUUUUUUCUCACAUCGUGGAGCAAGGCUGGGUGGCCUUCAUAAUCCUUGGCGCCUUGAUGAUUGGGCUGCGACUGUAUAACGUGAAGCAGCGUCGUAACCAACGAAAGCUGCUGCGGGAGGAGCUUAUGGCGGAGAUGGGAUACCGCAGCAAAGCGAGCCGCAAAGGGGACUAG